AUGUCUCCCCCGGUCAGCAGUGGUCCGUUCCACCUUCCCCCGGUCAGUAGUGGUCCGUUCCACCUUCCCCCGGUCAGCAGUGGUCCGUUCCACCUUCCCCCGGUCAGCAGUGGUCCGUUCCACCUUCCCCCGGUCAGCAGUGGUCCGUUCCACCUUCCCCCGGUCAGCAGUGGUCCGUUCCACCUUCCCCCGGUCAGCAGUGGUCCGUUCCACCUUCCCCCGGUCAGCAGUGGUCCGUUCCACCUUCCCCCGGUCAGCAGGGGUCCGUUCCACCUUCCCCCGCCUCACCUGCCCCUUCACAGCCUCACCUGCCCCUUCACAGCCCCACCUGCCCCUUCACAGCCCCACCUGCCCCUUCGCAUCCUCACCUGCCCCUUCGCAUCCUCACCUGCCCCUUCGCAUCCUCACCUGCCCCUUCACAGCCCCACCUACCCCUUCACAGCCCCACCUGCCCCUUCACAGCCCCACCUGCCCCUUCACAGCCCCACCUGCCCCUUCACAGCCCCACCUGCCCCUUCACCACAGCCCCACCUGCCCCUUCACCACAGCCCCACCUGCCUCUUCACCACAGCCCCACCUGCCUCUUCACCACAGCCCCACCUGCCCCUUCACCACAGCCCCACCUGCCCCUUCACCACAGCCCCACCUGCCUCUUCACCACAGCCCCACCUGCCCCUUCACCACAGCCUCACCUGCCCCUUCACAGCCCCACCUACCCCUUCACAGCCCCACCUACCCCUUCACAGCAGCCCCACCUGCCCCUUCACCACAGCCCCACCUGCCUCUUCACCACAGCCCCACCUGCCCCUUCACCACAGCCCCACCUGCCCCUUCACCACAGCCCCACCUGCCCCUUCACCACAGCCCCACCUGCCCCUUCACCACAGCCCCACCUGCCCCUUCACCACAGCCCCACCUGCCCCUUCACCACAGCCCCACCUGCCUCUUCACCACAGCCCCACCUGCCCCUUCACAGCCCCACCUGCCCCUUCACAGGCCCAUCUGCCCCUUCGCAUCCCCACCUGCCCCUUCGCAUCCCCACCUGCCCCUUCACAGCCCCACCUGCCCCUUCACAGCCCCACCUGCCCCUUCACAGCCCCACCUGCCCCUUCACAGCCCCACCUGCCCCUUCACAUCCUCACCUGCCCCUUCACAGCCCCACCUGCCCCUUCACCACAGCCUCACCUGCCUCUUCACCACAUCCUCACCUGCCCCUUCACAGCCCCACCUGCCCCUUCACCACAGCCUCACCUGCCUCUUCACCACAGCCCCACCUGCCUCUUCACCACAGCCUCACCUGCCCCUUCACCACAGCCUCACCUGCCCCUUCACCACAGCCUCACCUGCCCCUUCACCACAGCCUCACCUGCCCCUUCACCACAGCCUCACCUGCCCCUUCACCACAGCCUCACCUGCCCCUUCACCACAGCCUCACCUGCCCCUUCACAGGCUGAUAUCGGCUGA